AUGCGUGGUAUUUCAAUGCCCACACAUGAUUAUGCACGGUUUGCGCAUGCGUACCUCUCGCAGCCGAAGGGAGCCUCCCGGGGUUUGAGCGAUGUGCUCUCACUUGCGUUGACGACACGCGCAUAUACUAAGGUCGUACUACGGCUGAGGGCACAAGCGGAGUCAGAGGCGAGGUGGAUCACGCGACUGAGAGAGGAGCAUGUGCGGACGUGCGGUGGAUGUUGCACUAAUCAGGCUACACGAGCUAAAGAUGAAAGGAGUCCAGCUUCGCCACCUUCAAGCUCACCACCCUACCAUGACGGGCACGCACGCCCAACGUCUUCCUCAGGAGGAAGCUCGUCUUCUUCGUCUGGGACAUCCUCUUGUGCAUGUCCCCUUCCGCGACCUUCGUUCCAUUCACCGCUUUUCCGCCCGAACCGUGCGGCAUUACUGCGGGUGUUCGUGCCCUCGCCAGAUGGGACAUGGCUAUCAGAUAUCAGUGUGGAGGAAUGUGAGGCGGAGCUGCGACGAUCGGGCGCAGGUGUGGCGAAACUGUUAAGGGCGGGAGACGUAGUGUGGGAUAUCGCCCUUGGUGACGAGCGGAAUAUUGGGAGGAUGGUGUGGGAUGGAAAUUACUUGGUGGACCUCGAUUAUAAGUACUCAUCUCUCGGCGAGCUAUCUCCGUACUUCCAUAGUUUGGCCUUCCCACCUUCGUACUUCCACCGCGUAAUACGGACCGGCGAGAGCACGGGUGAUAAUCAACCGAGCCCCAUCGUUUAUGUGGAUAUAAGUCCGUGGGGGCAAGAGAUCGCACAAAACCUGCAGUUGUUGCAGGAGAGGGGGAAAGCUGAGACACUUCAUGGCGCGCUUCAUGAUGUCGUUCUUUGGGUCCAUAGAUCGUCGUUCAAGAUUCGUGCGCCUGCAACAACCGAGCAUUCCCGCGUACACUCCCACCUGCGCGAAUACUUCCCACACCUGAUACCGCGUUCUGAACGCCGCGCGAUACCCCGUCUCCCCGGGGUUUUCAUUGAUCCCAACUGGUACGGUACCGUCGUCGUUGAGGCGGAGGGGACGCAAGAGGGACUAGCCGACUUGCAAGAGAGAUGUGGACCUGGUGUAUUUCCUCCCCGUCCAGAGGCGAUCACGGGGAUCGCGAAGGGUGUAGAGAGGAGAAGAAUCUGGAGGGUCAUCAGAGAGAAGAGUCGACCAGGCGAAAUCUGGUUGAGGCCAGUGAGAGAAAAAGAGAGGGUGACUUGGUGA